GAAAUCAUGGGUUCAUUUAUACACUUAAUUUAAUUUUUCUAAUAUAAAAAAAAAAACUGUUCUCCUAAUAUAAAAAAUAAAAAUAAAUUCUGGGCAUCGUCGUGAGAUCUCAACCGAGGGUGAGGUUUGCAAUCUGGAACAGUUUUGCAUCGUUCAUUCAAAUUCAAUCAUAACAAAUCAAGCUCUGUAAAAGGAGCGAAGAAAGGAAAAACGAACGAUGAUGGUGCCGCUACUUGCUUUGAUCGUUGCACUUUUUAUUCCAAAUGGAAUUUUCGCAAGUCCUUCCACAGUUCCCGCAUUCCUUUGGUCGUCUCAUUAUAAUCUGGUCUCAGAUAAUGGAUUGAAGGGGUCCGUUAAUUAUCAGGUCAUUUCUCCAAAAGACCUAGCAAAAUCUGUUUUAUCUCAAGCAGGCUGGUCAAAUUUUCUGUGCAAAGGGAAGAAAUUUCAGGAUCCUCUCGAUCUGGCACUUCUAUUUGUUGGUGGAGAGUUACAAUCUUCAGAUUUAAGUUUGAAUGCAGAUUCAUCACUUUCAUACUUGCUUAAGGACUCUUUUGUCAGAUCCAACACUUCCAUGGCAUUUCCCUAUGUUUCAGCAUCAGAGGAUGUAAAUUUGGAAGAUUCAUUGGUUUCAGGAUUUGCUGAAGCAUGCGGUGACGAUUUAGGAAUUGGCAAUGUUGCUUUCCUUGGAUCCUGCUCCAUGGGCAAUGGGAAUCAUGAAGAAACUGCAGCUUUGCACUCAGUUCAAGGCUAUUUGACCCAGAGGAUGGAAAAGAGUGACAAAGGGAAAACAGAUUUGGUUGUGUUCUGCAAUGAACAGUCUCGAGCUUCGAAAAAUGUUGACAGAACACAAUCUGAAGGUGAAGUUUUAUCUGAGCUUAUCAGCUCUGUAGAGAAGUCUGGGGCAAAGUAUGCAGUUCUUUACGUGUCAGAUCUCUCAAAGUCAAUCCAGUAUCCUUCUUACAGGGAACUGCAAAGGUUUCUAGCAGAAAGUACAAUAGGGAAUGGAUCAGUCAAUUCUACAGUCUGUGACGGUGUUUGCCAGCUUAAAUCAUCGCUUCUGGAGGGGCUUUUUGUGGGAAUAGUUUUGUUAAUAAUUUUGAUAUCGGGACUUUGCUGUAUGAUGGGAAUUGACUCCCCAACAAGAUUUGAGGCGCCACAAGACUGAUGAUCCAUUUGUUAAAGCUAAUAAUUGUUCUGGUGCUGGGUCCUACUUCAUUAAAAUAUUACUGCUACAUUAUUUGUGAUUUUUAUGGAGGCUCGGUUGAAUUCCUGUAAUUUUCUACUUAUUUAAGGGACUUUUCAUGUUACCAGUAUAUAAAAGUAAAACAUCUUUGUAGGUUUUAAUUUUGAUCCUGUUGGUGUUGUAAACUUUUAAGUAAGAAGCAAUUUCAGAAUAUGUUGAGUGUUCUGUUUUCUCA